AAGUUAUCUAGGAAAUUUCAUAACCAUAAGUGUUCAAUCGGUAAACAGUCAACUAUUGUGAAUUUUUAUUUAACAUGUAACGGCCUAUUAUCGUUAAAAUAAAAAUUUCUACACAAUGAGUGAUAAAGAAAGUUUGGAAAAAUUGUUGGUUUAUCAACAAGAUCUUCAAACUGAAAAGGAAUGUUUACAAAAAAUUAUUUCCAAGCUUAAUGCACAGGCUCAUGCUCUUCAAGUUGAGCAACUUCACAUUUUAAAUGCUAUUAACAAGACUGCAAAUACUGAUAAGUCAGGUCAAAAAAAUUCAACUGCUACAGAAGAUAAUUUCGUUAAAAUGGAGUCGAUUAAUCCUGAAUUACAAGAAUUAGAUCUCUCUGUACCAACAUUUCAAAGUUCUGAAGAGGAUGACGAUGAAAUAGAAGAUUAAAUUAUAAAAUUUGUUAAAGCUUUUAUUAAUGAUUUUUUAACUAUGUAUAAAU